CGGUAUACGUCGGCCUGCAGACCUUGUUUUCAAACAGUCGUCGAGGUUGAACGGGUGCCUCGCGUACGUUCGAGCUUCUUGAUCGACGCGAUCUCUUUUUCUUCGAUGGAUCAUCAUUUUUUAAAAACAAUUGCGAAAUUUGUGAAGGAUGGAUGGGAAUGAAAAGAAAAUCUUGAAGAUCCCUUCGAGGAAUCUCGUUCGACGUGUUGUUAAACAAUUUAAUGUCAAAAAUUGAGACCUUUCGAAAGAAAAUUAUUAAUCAAGUGCCGGAAAAAUUUCAAAAUCGAAAGUAAAAAAAGUAAAAAGUCGUUUCGGCGAUUUCAUUUCUCGCGUACAAACUUGUGAAUUUCUUUUUUCUUUCCCUUUUUCUUUUUUAUAUAUAAUCAAGAAACAACUGUCAUCUAUAGAAGUUAAUUCGUAGAUCAUACGAUCUUAUAAUAUCAACGAACGAUAUCGGUUACGUUGACGUUUCAAAAGUGAAACGUUUCAAGAUCGAUCUUUCGAUCAUAUUUUCGGCAUCGUUCUUCAUGUUUAUUCGAAACCUUUUAAUUAGGACGUUAAUUACGACGGUUAAUAAAAGUCACGAGGGUAUAUCACGAAAAAUGAUAAGAUCGCGGACUCCGUAAAAUUGACGAUUUCCGAGACGUAUUCACGAAUGAAAUUAUCACUAAGACUAAUCUCCAUUUUAUUAUGUGACUUUCGAUCUUCGUCUCGUUGACGAAACACGAAUAUUAAAAAUUAAGGUAAUAAGAUUCUAUUUAAAGAAACAAAAAUUUUUUAAAUCGUAACGACGAACGAAAAAAGAAAUAAAAAACAAAAGAAAAGAAAGAAAAGAACAAAUAGUAAAAAGAAUUUCGCGAAGCUCGUGAAUUUUUAUUGCAUAAAGCGAAUCGUCAUCAAACAUGCGAUAUUAAGUCGAGGAAGAAGGUCUAGUGUAUCCUCGCCGUCUGCGAUAGUGCGAAAGGUUGAUCGCUCGAUCCAAGGUUAUCUAUGACAUUCGAAGACUAUACGAACGUGCAACGAGGCCAACUUAUGAGUAUUCGCUUGAACGAUAUUCAUCUAGAUGUAUACGUAAUUAUCGUUCUCACGAUCUAAACGAGGUAAAACGACAUUUUGCCAUUUCUAAGGAAAGAAAAAUAUCGAACUUCGUAGAAUUCGAUCGUUCGAAAGUGUCUCUCGAUUUAUACCGGACAAACAUUGUGACUUUCCUUUCGAUCGAUAAAAGGCCAUCCUCGCAAAAUUGCAGUACUUUAUCUCUCUCUCCCUUUCUCUCUCUCUCUCUCCUUCUCUCUCUCUCUCUCUCUCUCUCUCUUACUCUCUCUUAUGCGAUAAUGGGAUUACGAGUACUUAAUUGUACGUCAUCCGGUGGAGUGCAUCUGUUUAUAUCGACGCCUUGUUUAAUGAAGUUAACACGUGAGGCAUCUUAAGAUUGUCAGUGUAAAUUACAAAAGUAUUUAACUCACUAUGGGACGGAAACACAAGCGUCGUUUAAUACCGGAACAGGAUCGCAGGAUAUGCGGCAGUAUCUGCUUUUGCCAAUUCACCAUUGUCAUCAGUUGCGUGGCUUUAGUUUACCUCAGCGUUGCGAUUUAUAUGCCGUCGCACAGAGCUUUUCAUGCAGGAAUAGAUCCCGAUCCGGUAAUGUGCCAAACAGUUAAUGCCACUCUAGUAAAUAACUGUAUAUGGGCGAGUUGCGGUGAAUGGUGUUUGACGAAAACUACCGGCUUUUGUCCCCAAAUUCACGCAACGGUCAGACAGAAUGGCACGGACGUCAUCUUUGAAAAUUGCACCAAGUUCAAUAGCAUCUCUUGUCCUCAAGUGAACAUGGGAAAUCUGAAGAAAUACAAUUGCAAUAAUGGCAGUGAAUGUAGCACACUCUCGGGUGUGUUCAAUUGCAGUUUAGGACAUUGCUCGAAUAUGAGCGAAUUGAUGCUUUGUCAUCAUAAGGCGGACGGUAUCAUGGUCGACAGUGAGAAAGAUAAUAUGAAACUUAAUGGCUUCUUCAGUUGCCAGAAUUCGAGAUGUACGAAAAUCAAGAGGCCUUUCUCGUGCGAUCGAUACUGCCCUAAGAUAAUCACGAACGAUAUCAACGUCUUUCUCAUGCAAGACGAUAACGUCAUCACGGCUAAGUGUUCUCAUGGCUUAGCACUGAAUAAAGCUAAUGGAAAUUUGCCUGGUACGAGACUAACAGAUCCGGUGAAGAUUUGGGAUGAAGAAAGUGGUAGCAUCGUUGCAAGUUGUCUAAUGGUUAGCAAAAAAGGAAACAUCAUUAGAACGGAAGAUUGCGUUAACGGCACGUCUUUGAAUAAAAUCACGAUUCCCGAACACUAUGUCAAUUUUACAAGUUUUCUCAAUAUUUACGAGGAAAGUCUUCAGUAUCCCGUCGAUUCAGAAAAUGCUUACAUACCCGCCCAACGAUCGCUUACAAUUUACAACAAUUCGCGUUUGUACAUCAACCUGGAGGGUUGCGUCAACACUCUUAAGGGUGAGUGUCGUGAUUUCCUUAAAAGUCACGGACGAGAUGGCGACAAUCAAACGGCUCAAAGUAGAUAUCCCUGUUAUUACAAAAAGAACGACUCGUUCUUUGUUGUGGCACGUUUCGAUCUGAACAAGACAAAAACCGAGUUGCUUAUCGCUAUCAUCGUACCGUCGGGACUUUUCGUUAUCAGCUUGAUAACCUUGAUUGUGAUAACUCGCUCAGUGCAAGUUGGCGAUGACGCUAAGAUGCGAUGUAGAUAUUGCACAGAGAAGAAUGAGGACGAGGGCGAGGACGAAGGAUUGGUUGAAGGUACACCUACUACUCCUCAAGAUCAUACCAAUGAGAAUGAGAUCAGAAGUAUGUCGCUCUAGCAGUUUACACCGCUCGGCAUGAGCAAUUCCUUGAAAUACGAAAGAUUGCCAUUGAUCGACACGGACGAAGCCGAAGAUUCUUUCUAAAAGGAAAACUAAAUCAAAUAGAAAAGAAUCGACAAAACAUCGAAAUACGUUUAUAGACGCAAGGAAAAUAAAAGCAAGGAAAUGAAAGAAAAAGCUAAGAUUACAAAUCUUAUUACACACAUCGUCUUCCUGACGCGAUAAUUCGAAUGAAAUUGAAUGGAAGAGGAACGGAAAGAAAAGAAAAGAAAAGAAAAGAAAAAAAAAAGAAAGGUAAAAAAGAUAUUAAAUACAUACACAAAUAUACCCAUAUAGGGGCCAAAUUAUAAUAUAUGUAUUUAACUGUAUAUUUAUAUACUGUGCAUUUAUUAUGAGAAAUAUUUAUAAUAAUUAGAUCACUGUUGCCUUCGAUGUAUCGUGACCAUUGCGUGUCAAACUUAAACCGAUCCGACAUUUUCUAAAAUAUCUGUAUGAAAUCCGUACUACUCUGUCGUUCCUAUCGAUUAUUAUCGAUAUAAAAAAAGGAAAGAUUAAUAUAAAAGAGUUAAAUUUACAUGAUCGGCUUUCGGUAACAAGCUUUCGUGUAUGUACAAAAGUAGUUUUAGGAGAAGACCUAUGUAUAUAUAAAUAUAUACAUACAUAUAUAUAUAUAUAUAAAUAUAUACAUACAUAUAUAUAUAUAUAUAUAUAUAUAUAUAUAUAUAUAUAAUAUAUUGUUACGAAAUAAGGGAUGUUCUACGAAAAUUUUUUUUAACGCUCUAGCGUUAACGUAAAAGAUAAGUAUCGUCUUUUUGAAACGAGUUCUUAUUUUUUGAGAACUUUCUUUAGAAUAAGAGUAUUUUACUUAAUCUGUGUAUAAUGUAUAACUUUGUAUGUCAGUUCAACAGCUACAACUGCCUUUAAUUUUCUUUAAAAGAAGAAUAAAAACUAAAACAAAAAUUUAAAAAAAAAAAGAAAAAAAUAAAAACAAUAAAUAAAAAGAAACAAAGAAAUCUUUAAGAUGAUCGAAAAAUUGAACGAAAAUAAUAUAAUUUGUUCACAAACGGAUAUUCUUCUAUACAUGUAUUACUUAUAUAUUAUUAUUAUUAUCAUCAUCAUCAUCAUCGUUAUCAUUAUUAUGCAGAAUGUCUAAAGAAUAUGGAGAUAUAUUAAGAGUUAUUUCAACACAUCUAAAUAAUAAAAAGAAUGCAUACAACAAUAUGUCAUAUUUGACUUCGUUUUCGAGUUACGAGCGAAUUUUUUUAUCACAAUAAUUGUUCGUUCGUUAAAUUGAUGAAAUUCAAUGAAAUGAAAAAAUUAAAUAAAUUUUUCAGCAAAUCCAAUCAACAUCAGAACAUAUGAAAAGAAAGUUAUUAGUAAGAUAUUUUGCAGUGUUGUAUUCAAAAGCAAGAAAAUCAUUUCGUAUAUCUCUUGUAAAAGUAAGCAGAUGGACUUCGUUAAAAAUCAUAUUCACUAUAAUUCGUAAACAAAAUCAAAUAUGUUUCUGUGAAUUAUUUUUAUUGUUUAGAUGCGUUGAAAUCAUCCCUAAAAUAUUUCCCAAUAUUCUGAGACAUCGCGUAUAAUGAAUGGCGAAAGUAACGAACAUAAAAUUUGUUAUCGAUUCGAAAUCAAAAUUAUAACUGAAUUAUAGUUCAAAGAAAAUCAACAAUAAACGUUAUUAUUAUCAUAAUUCAAAGCAUUUCUAUACGGCGAGAAUUAUUCGAUACGCCAUCGAUCGAUAUAUUGACUCUCGAAAGUCUCAUUGCGUUAAUUAAAAGCAAGACGUAUUUGCAUAGGACAUUAAGAAUUCGUGAGAGUAAUCAUAUAGAUAUAUGGCACAAGAGUAUAGUGGUUUUUUACGACCGCUUAAUCAUCGUCUGUUUCCAGAACGAAGUAUUAGUUAUGUUCAAUUAUAUGUGUAUAUAUAUAUAUAUAUAUAUAUAUAUAUAUAUGCGUGUAUGAUCCAUAAGCCGAUAAUCGUUUGAAAAUUAUAAGAAAAGAAAAUAUUACAUUAAAUAUACGAUCUAAUUACAUGUAAUAUUGAUUAGAAAUGUAUAUCGGUGUCAGCUUAUAUUUCACAUUUAACAUUCUCAUCAUUGCAAUUUUUCGACUAUACGUAUAAAAUAUUUUAUGAGAUUACAUAUAUAACGAAUUUCAUUGAAUAUCUUCCGUGGUAAGCGAGUGUAAAAAAAUAAAAACAAAAAAAAUAAUAUAACGAAAGUUCUUACAUGUAUAAAACAAAAACAUAUACGUACCAAGAUAAAUUACCGAUCUCUAAAUUCACUGUUAAUCUAUGUGCCUUCUCUUCCGUUUAGAUAUUGAUCGCGAUAAAAAUUUCGUGAUCUUUUAGUUCAAGAAAUAUCCGAAUAAAAAUGUGGCCACAUUAUGUAACUGUCUAAAAAAUGUUUCUAUUAAUGGAGAAACAUUAAAAAAUUGUAUCUUUUUUGUAUGAUAACGAUCUGUAAUAAAUGUAUAUCGUAAAAAUUGUA